GAUACACAGAAGCCUGUACAGCUCCUUAGACGAGAAGAGCAGUUGUAGCCAUGAACUCGGUUCUUCCACUCAUCCUGGCGAUGCUAGCAGUCACCGACGCAGGUAUGCCAACACAUACAAUGUAUUUCUAAACUAUGUUUUUAUACACUAGGCGUUAGAAGGCAUUUGUUCUUCUUCUAUAUUUUGAGGGCCCCACGAUCAAUAUAUUGAUCAUCCUGGAAACCUAUUUACUGACCAAUGAAUGGCAGUUUAUUUUUAAAAUGUUCACUGCCUCCUUGUUUUCAAUAUUAAACUUUAAAUAAACAGGCAGGUGUGCUAACAAGUAUAUUCUACACUAUGUUUUAAGUGCUGGGUGCUAGGAAGUAUUUACUGACUACUGGAUGGUAAGUUUUUAAAGUAAAUGUUCACCGCACAUAGCUUUAAUAAAGAUAAACAUUGAAACGAGUGGACUACAAGGGAGAGAAUUCCUCUAUAGGAUAUGCAUUCCCGUCUACAUUUAACUGAUCUUUUUCAAAUGUUUAAAACGGGCCUUUCGCAUUAUGGCCCCUUGGUUUAUUUUAUUGGUUAAAGUGGUUUAAACAUUUUGAUCAGAUGGUUACUGCCAGCAAAAUUAUUCUGAUCAGAAAUGGUGUCAAUUUGGUAAUAAAAGACAAUACGGGCGUUGAACAUAAUACAUAGAACAAAAAUAUGCUUUGGGGCGUUGAACAUAAUACAUAAAACAAAAAUAUGCUUUGGGGCGUUGAACAUAAUACAUAGAACAAAAAUAUGCUUUUCUUGACAAACCUCUACCUCCUUAAAACGCUGUUUAAUAUCUCCAUUGACCCCCCCCCCCAAAUAUCAUAUUUCUAGCAAAGCCCCAUCCUCUAAAAAAUGUAAGUUAAAAAUACAUAUAUAACAUAUAUUACAGAAUAAAGUGAUUGUGUGUGUGGGGGGGGGGACAAAAACAAAGCGUUGAACAUAAUAAAUAAAACAAAAAUAUGCUUUGGGGCGUUGAACAUAAUACAUAGAACAAAAAUAUGCUUUUCUUGACAAACCUCUUCCUCCUUAAAACGCUGUUUAAUAUCUCCAUUGACCCCCCCCCCUAAUAUCAUAUUUCUAGCAAAGCCCCAUCCUCUAAAAAAUGUAAGUUAAAAAUACAUAUAUAACAUAUAUUACCGAAUAAAGUGUGUGUGUGUGUGGGGGGGGGGACCAAAACAAGCAAAUUUCAAUAAUUUUUUUUUUAAUGUGCUAAUUAUUUUAGGCAAAAAUUAAAUUUUAGUCUUUAAUGAUCUAAGUCAAUUUCGUAAAUUUGAAAAGUGGAAAUGUCGCAAAAUAAAAAAUAAAUAAAAAAUUGAUAAAAAAAAAAAAAGAAGCACAUUGAAAUAAUAGUUAUACAUAACAUUGCUCUCUAACACCCCGACCCCAUGUAACGCAAUAGAACACACUGAUACACCACUCCAUACCCCCUAUGCCCUAUGCCCUAUAUCCCAUGUGCACGGUUCCUUGCUUCUCAUAAGUUUAUAUCUCACUCUAUGUAUGGAAACUAAUCUGUUGUUGUAUGCAGCAGUCCAGGUUCAAGUAAACCCGGGAGCUUUACAGAUUGGCAAUUCCAGAAAUCUAAACAUCAGAUGUUCCCAUGUCAGAGACAAGGUACCAACCAUUUCCAGGCUCUCUUACUUGCUCAUCUCGUUUGCCAGCGACGCCGAGAAGCCCGUGUUCCGAUACCUGGCGUCGGUCAGCUCAGUGGACGGGUUGGAUUACGACACGACGGCAGCAGUUGCAGGCAACAUCACUCGAGGCGGAGAAUCCUGGCUCAGCCUAACUUGGUCGUACCCCUUGUUUAGCCGGGUCGGGCUGUACAAAUGUGAGGCGAGCGGCAUCAAUUUAAGCGGGGCCGCGAGAACUGUGUCUCACAUUGUCGAAGUCGGUGGGGUGAGACAUUUAGACGCUUCUCUGUUUGAUGUUAUACAGAAUCAGUCACGGGACUUUGAGCAGUUAAAAACGGAUGAAGAGAGGCUGACAGCAUCAUAUUUGAGCUUAAAGUCUCGUUUCGACAGAGCCAAAGAGGCCCAUUUCUCGAUAUCCGCUGCCCACAAUGGCAGGCGCUAUUACCUGUCAUCUAUAUCCAACGUGUUGGUGGCCAACGAAGUAGACGCAAUUUGUGCGCUCUAUGGUGGGUAUCUAGCGGAGGUUGACGAUGACGCAGAAUUUGAGUUCAUCAAGUCAUUUCUGACGCCUUACACUCAAUACACGGGGGUGCUGUGCAGCGGCACAGACGAGGCCUUGGAAAAUAAUUGGAUCCACGCCAACAGUAAAACCAUGGUCAAGUACAUUAAAUGGAGCCCUUCAGAUUCGAGAGGUGGGAGAAGCGAAAAUUGUCUCUUCUUUUGGCGUCCCCAUGGAUGGUUCAUGGUUGAUUGGGUUUGCCAGCAAGGCUAUGCUAAUUAUGCUGUUGGCUAUCUCUGUGAAAUUCCAGAAUAAAUAAAUGACUAAAUAGAAAAACCGAAACAUGGUGUUUAAAAAAAAAAAAUGAUUUUUCCAGGAUGGCAUUUGCGAAAUUUUCUUUAAGGCAAACAUAAAAACAUUCAUUCCUUUUCAUUCUAAUUGAAUCAUAAUAGUAUUCAAAAAUCAUUUCUAAAUUUAAAUAUGAAUAAAGUUAAAGCGGAUACACUCCACAUAGUGUCGUCUGUACUUUGAAUAUAUUGGGGAUGUACACUGUAGGAUAAUAUAACCUUAACUGAUAAAUAUUAAGGGUUACCGGAUAUUUGUAUGAAAUAAAUUUUUUGGAAAGAAAAUUUUUAGAUGGAAGCGGAAUUUCGGUCAAACAGAAAUUUGUCCGAACGUAAGUUUUCUCAAAAAGAAAUAUUAGGGAAAAGAAAAAAAAAAUAAAACCUACAAAAUAAAUUUAUUAAAUUUUCACCAUUUCUCAGUCUAUAGAAUAUUUCCAUCCUCAAGAACAAAUGCCAAACAUAUCUUUUUUUUUUCAUAAUGGCAUUGGCAACACGCUGUGGCUGGAGCAAUGCACCGUUGACAAACGCACAUACGUGCUUAAGAUGCGUUAGUUUCAGUGCUGUAAAUUGUAAUGAAUAUUCUAUAGCCACAACUUCAUGUUUUUAAAUCAGCCCCGAUUAUUUAGAAUUCAAAUUAGACAGCAAUAAAUACAUAUUAAUUUAUAUUAAUAUUUCUUAUAAAAAAAAGCAAAUAUUUGUAUAGGCUACAAUGCAAUCAUAAAACAUUUCCUUUUGUUUGGAUUAUUAAAAUAAUCUUAUCUUAUAUUAUCUUGUCUAUCUUACAACGGAAA